AUGAUCCUUCAACGGGCCAAUGGAACACUAGUGCAAGUAUCGUCACAGCACGCGACGCCCAUACUGCAACCCCUACUGAAUUCGGGCAAAGUUCUUGUGAGUGGUGGUUCCGGCUUGUCCGCUCCUCUUGCUAGUUCUGAACUAUAUGAUCCUUCAACGGGCCAAUGGGACACUACUGGAAGCAUGGCAACAACACGUGAAUAUCAUACUGCAACGCUGUUUAGUUCGGGUAAAGUUCUUGUCACUGGUGGUCCAGGAUCGUCCGGUUCUGUUACAAGUUCUGAACUGUACGAUCCAUCAACAGGCCAAUGGAACAGUACUGCAAGCAUGGAAACAGCACGGUUCAGCCAUACUGCAACCCUGCUGAAUUCGGGCAAAGUUCUUGUCACUGGUGGUCAAGGAUCGUCCGGUGCUAGUUCUGAAAUAUACUAUCCGUGA